AUGAAACGACAGAACCAGCCGUAUGAGUUGUUAACGUUGAAGAAGCAAAAGGCAGAACAACCCGAAUCUUCCAUAGAACACACACAUGGACCGGUUGACCUCCAAUUUGGACAGAGAAAGGCUUUUCCUGUCGAUCUAGAUAUCGACCCUUCCAGGCUGCCCCAGAAUGAAGGUUCUCUUCCACAAGACGUCAUGACAUACCUAGCAAUGGUUCGAAUGGAGGCAGAAGGCAACGCAAGAUACAAUAUUGACGAGGAUGAAAACUUUUAUCUACAUGAAACUGUUAAAACUAAGGAGAAUAUAGCUUUGGACCCUGUGGACAAUGAACACCAAGUGCACAUAACCUGGCACCAUGACUACACAGAGUACUUUAAAGCCAGACAAGAAAAGCUUAGCAUUUUAGGAAAGGAAAUCGAAGGUGACGAAAAGUUUAUAGAGCCCUCCAGUGCCCAAUUGUGGAAGAAAUAUGUAUUUGAAACGACCCCUGAUGACCGAUUAAUAGUAGCCAUUCCGUUUGACGUCAAGUUCAAGAUGAUAAUCUACUUCACACGAUGGCUUAAUAAGACAUUGAAUGCCAAUCUGAUCAAAUGGAUAGAAAUAACAUUAGAAUCACUUCCGGAGUUGUUGGAGGGGACUGAGAUAUCGUUGUUACGUAAUCUUGCUAAGAAGGCGAUAAAGCUACGAGGUAAUGACUUGGACAGCACCAGUUUAUCGGUUAUGGAUGAGAUAAUAUCCAUAGUUGGGGAUGUGUAUCAUCAAAGGGAUCUAUUAGAGGGUUAUUUAUAG